CGGGCUCUCUGCAUCCUGCCGGCCGGGUCCCACCGUCGCUGGGCGGAUGCAGCCUUCCGUUGCCCCUGCCUCUACCGAGCCUUUAGCCAUGCUGGACCCCGCAGGGCACUUCACAAAAAGAAAGAAAACAUCUCUUUGGUUCACAGUUGCCCUUUUGGUAGUGUCUGUUUUCAUACUGACCAUAGGCCUUGCAGCAACCACAAGAACUGAAAAUGUAACUGUGGGAGGCUAUUAUCCAGGAAUAAUACUUGGCUUUGGAUCCUUCCUAGGGAUUAUUGGGCUCCAUCUGGUUGAAAAUCGAAAGCAAAUGCUGAUAGCAUCUAUCGUGUUCAUCAGCUUUGGAGUGGUAGCAGCUUUUUGUUGUGCAAUCGUUGAUGGUGUGUUUGCAGCACGUCAUAUAGAACCCAGGCCUUUGUAUACUAAAAGGUGCCAGUAUUAUACAAGUGGAAUUGGAUACUUAUUUGAUGUCUACCAGACAGAGGUGACCUGUUAUGCCUUAAAUAACAAAUGCCAGCUGAAAGUGAAAAGUAACACCUGUUACUGCUGUGAUUUAUAUAACUGUGAAAACUCAGAACACUCUACCAGCUAUUAUGAAUUCCUUGGAGUGAGCAGCUGCCAGGAUGUGGUUCACCUCUAUCGAUUGCUUUGGUCAUCCACCGUCUUAAACAUCAUUGGUUUGUUCCUUGGCAUAAUCACAGCAGCCAUACUUGGAGCCUUUAAAGAUGUGGUGCCUGUUUCCCAAAUUGCCUUCAGCUCUGCUCCGCCACCACAGAUCCUUUACAAUCCUGCUCAGCAGAUCUUGACAUAUGCUGGAUUUUGUCCUUCAGCAGCUUCUGUCCCUCAUUAUCCUUCCUAUCAUCUGCCCCUUCAGCCUACCGGCAAUUUCCCAACAUCUUCGUCUACUGAUGUAUCUUUAGCUGAUGACCCCCAGCCACCUUCUCAGGCCAGCUGUAACCAUGGGGCGCCUCCUAAUGCUCCUCCAUUAUACACACCAGCCUAUUACUUGUCAGGUGAAAAGCCUCCACCGUACGUACCAUAGCCAAUAGAUUAUUAUCCACCUGUUUUUGAAAAGUAAAAUAGCUUUGGCAGUGAGAACAAUGUGUGCUGACUAGGUUAGCUUUCAUUCAUUAAUGUCAUUUUGUGUGGCAUUGUAUUUCACCAUUUUAAAUCUCAGUGUCAGAAUGGAAAAUGGGCAGCAUAAAUGUAAGCAAAUAAUUCAUGAAAUCAAUGUCAAUUGGCUACAAUUAGCAAUAUCAAGUGAUUUCUUUUUCACCCCAACAAAGAUAUCUUCUCUGGCAGAGUCACAAUUAAUUGCAUUUGAGAUUUAUGUCUGGUUAAAUUUAAGAUAAUGUUUUAAAAAUAGUAUGACCUAACUCUUAUUUACUAAGGAAAACCCUUAAACUGCUCUACAUCUCAUAUAACUUCUAUUAAACACUCAUAAUUAAUCAAAUCUGCCAGAAAAAUGGCAUUUAUUUUCAUAUGGAUCUUUCAAUAACUGUCAUUUGUGUUUUCCCUAUAUAUUUGUAUGCAAUUUGUGACCUGAGAUUUGUAUUACAAUAUCCUGAGAAGAGCAGAAUCCCAAAAUUAUAAUGCAAUCUGAGAUAUGCAUUGUUACUUUUCCUUUAAAAUGUGGACCAAACCAAACUGCCCAAUUUUCCUGAGGCAGAACUAUAUUGAAUUGUAUUCAGGAUCAGGUAUAAUAAUAAAUAAGGUUAGUCAAAACUAAAAUAAUAUCCCUACAGUCACCCACAUAGAUUAGCAAUUCAGAUACACAUUUGUUUCAUAUGUGCUUUAACUCUCAAACAACCCCCAUCCAUCUUUUCUAUAGGAAUGCAAGGUUUAUUGAUCUUUUCAUUUUAUUAUGCAAAAUCAACAAUUUGGUGAUUUAUUUUAUCUCCAGUGAAAAUUUACCUAACUAUUUCUGAGCAUAUAUAUAUAUAGCCAACUGUCUUAGGGUCAUCAGAGAUAGAGGUGUAUCUCUGUUUUUCUGCUUAUUCAGUAUCUUCUUUUGGGUAAAGAUGUCUUCCAAAAGAUUGUGGUAGUUAUUUUACAAUAAAAUAUUAUGUACAUAUUUUUCAUAUUUUCAGAGUAUGCAUUUUAUCAAAUGGAGGGAUAAAUAAUCUAAUCUAGUAUGAUCUAGAUUCUUCCCCUUCCCAUCCCACGGUACUAUAUUGAAAUAUGGACUAUAUUUUAAAUAUUUGGAUUUGUUCUCCUUGUCUGAAUAGUUUGUGCUGUCUAGGACUUAAAUAAAGUUAUUGCUUUCUGCAAACUGCAGGUUCAGCCAAUUAAUAAUUGGGCAGAAGA